GAAAAUAGCUAUCUCAAGUCUCAACCCUAUGGACGUUUCCCGAGCGGAGACUUACUGGGCCACAUUUUAAGCUUAUGACCGGAUUCUCACCAUGGCAGGUCUUUAACCGCGAGGCAAGCCGGGUAGUUCCCGUUUUAUGUCCGUCGCCACAUUGGGCGCAUGUUCCCCAGGAGAUGCGUGUUGAGGCCUCAGCCAGGUCAUAAGGAUGCCACGCAGAGCCCACAAAAAGUCGCGCAACGGCUGCUUGGAAUGUAAACGGCGCCAUAUCAAAGUGAGUGCGACGGAGGCGUGCGACGAGAAGCAGCCGUUAUGCUCCAACUGCCGUUCCUCUGAGCGCUUUUGCGAAUACGCGGAUCCAUUUGUGCGCUCUGUGCCUCCUCGAUCCAGCAAUUCCUCGACCCCGUCCCCGGCUGGCCCAAUGACGAAUGAGCUGCUGUCAUCGGGUCAUCUUCCAGUCCCACUCCCACCUGUCAAUUUGAUCCAUGUUGAGCUCCUCUACAACCUCACCGUGGAGACUCUCCCCUCUCUGGCCGGUGCUACCAGCUGGAUUACGUCCACAGAUCUGCUGGCUUUUAGUGCCUUGCAUUUGAGCAUAUCGCGUCCAGCAGACAGAGAGCGCUAUCGGCGUUAUGCAGCCCAGCUACAAACACAUGCCUUGGAGAUCUACAAUCAAAUGAGUUCCGAGGUCACUACAAAGACUUGCGUCCCAUUGUUCCUUUUCUCGUGCAUGCUCGGCAUGCACAUGCUCUGCGACGUCUUGGUUUACCGCGAAAAUAGCAGCUUUGACGGGUUUCUCGAUCGGUAUGUGCAUUCCUUCAGACUCCAACUCGGUAUUCGCGCUGUGAUUUCCGGAUCCUCGUGGGAAAUGCUGCGCGAGUCUAUAUUGCGGGCACCGCUUCAAAAUGGGGAGAUCUCAUUCAAUUGGGACGUGGAAAUGAGGCCCCAGUGCCAGAGGCUUAUCGAGCUCAUUGAAUCAGCCAAGUUAGGCGAUGCCAUCACCUCUACCUAUCGACAUGCGAUCAUGGCCUUGAACGUGGCAAUGAACGCGGCCGUUGGGCCCACAACUCAAAAUAUCAACGGCAUUACUGGAUGGACCGUCAUCGUCAAUCCCGAGUAUGUCGAAUACUUGGUGCUACGCCGGCCCGAAGCCCUUGUGAUUCUGGCGCAUUACGCUGUUCUGAUUCACUGGCAUCGAGGUUUGUGGCUGUUUGGUGAUAGCGGCCGGUUCUUGAUCGAAUCCAUCAGCAACCACCUCGGUCCGGACUGGGCUCAGUGGUUGGAGUGGCCGAACCGGUUCUUGAGGGAGACGGAUGUGAAUAGCCAAGGUACUAAUGUAUCGUGA